UCCCGGUCCGUUUCCCCGGGCCCCAUGGGGUCGGCUCGGAGCUGGGAGCCCGGAGUAAUAAUCCUGCACCUGCUGCUCGGCGCGGGCUUGGGAUCUUACGUGCUCCACGUGGAUGUUUCGCAGUUUGAAAGGCCCCUGAAGCACUUCUGGAAAAGCACUGGCUUCUGUCCUCCUCUACCUCACAGCAGAGCGGAUUUAUUUGACCUCAGUAAAGACCAAGAGCUGAACCUUGCCUAUGUGUCUUCGGUACCGCAUGGCGGCAUUGAACAAGUUCGAAUUCACUGGUUACUGGAACUCAUUACCGUUGGCGUGACAAAUGGAAAACUUCACUACAACUUUACCAGUCUGGAUAACUUGAUGGAUCUUCUCUGGAAAAACAAACUCAUUCCAGGAUUUGAAUUGAUGGGAAGCCCUUCAGGAUACUUUACAGAUUUUGAAGACAAAAAACAGGUUAUAAGAUGGAGGAGCCUAAUUGCACUUCUGGCCAAGAGAUACAUAGAUAGAUAUGGAUUGGAACAUGUUGCCAAAUGGAAUUUUGAAACUUGGAACGAGCCAGAUCAUCAUGACUUCGAUAAUGUGUCAAUGAGUAUCAAAGGGUUUCUCAAUUAUUACGACGCAUGCUCAGAAGGGUUAAGAGAAGCUAGUUCUUUACUGAAAUUUGGAGGCCCAGGAGAUUCUUUCCAUCCAUUCCCAAAGUCGCCCAUCUGCUGGAGUCUUCUACAUCACUGCUACAAUGGAACCAACUUCUUCACUGGAGCGACUGGUGUCAGGUUGGACUACAUAGCCCUACAUAAGAAGGGAGCUGGAAGUUCUCUUCACAUCUUAGAGCAAGAAAUAGAAGCAAUGGAGCAAAUUCAGAAGUUGUUCCCAAAUUUCACCUCGGUUCCUGUAUACAAUGAUGAAGCAGACCCACUGGUUGGAUGGUCAGUUCCACAAACGUGGAGAGCUGAUGUGACCUAUGCAGCCAUGGUGGUGAAGGUAAUCAUCCAACAUCAAAACCUGCUCAUUUCCAAAGCCAACAACACUAUCAACUACACUUUGCUGAGUAACGACAAUGCCUUCAUGAACUACCAUCCCCAUUACUUCACUCAGAGAACACUGACUGCCCGAUUUCAGAUGAACAACACAAAGCCACCUCAUGUCCAGAUGGUGAGGAAGCCUGUGCUGACCGUAAUGGGAUUGCUGGCACUGCUAGGGGAAAACCAAGUUUUUGUAGAUAUUAUCAGCAAAGACGAAAGUGCCGACACCGACACUGUUGGAGUACUAGCCACCGUGCACGCUCCUGCGGAGCUACAGCCGUCAGACAGCUGGCAGGCCACCAUACUGAUCUACGCUAGUGAUGACAACCGGACAUCCUCUAACAUCAGUGCUGUGACAGUGAACGUUACCCGUUUCCCCAGGCAUGCAGAGCUUGUGUAUGUGACAUACCUCCUGGACAACAACCUAACCAAUCCCUAUUUGGAGUGGAAGAAAGUAGGAAGCCCUGAUUUUCCUUCUGUAAAGCAAUUCCAACAAAUAAGGGAUGCCGAGGACCCGGUGGUGACCGGACCAUUCCGAUUUCCUGGGGACGGCCGCCUGAUCUUGAAACAGGAACUCCCACUUCCAUCGGUCUUCCUCAUCCAUGUCUGUGCGAGACCUCACUCUGUUCCCAAUCAAGUGACAGGCGUUCACUUGAUCCCUCUGACAAAGGGGCAGGUUGCAGUACUUUGGGACGAUGACUGCGUGGAUUCGAAAUGUCUGAAAACAUUCGAAGUUGAGUUUUCAUCGGACGGAAAAGCAUACAGACGGAUUAAUGCCAGAGACACGAUCUUCACGCUCUGGGUCUACAGUCCAGGAACCACGGUCUCGGGCUUUUACAGAGUGCGUGCCGUCGACUACUGGAGCAAGCCAGGCCGCUUCUCCAUUCCUGUGCAGUACAUUGAAGCUCUCGCAUGAGUGCAAAACCGUCCAACCGCCAGAAGAGAAAUCUGCAUCUGUCUCCAGCGCGUAGCAGAGUGGGGUUAUGCUGCUGCAAAUGACAACCCUCUGAUGAAACCCCAGCCUCACUAGUAAGGGAAUUAGCGGGCUAGCCUACAACACUGCACUCCUGUUCUCGCUGCGAACCCUUUGGAGCUUGAAGACAA